AUGGCGAUGCUAUCGGUGAUACUGCUACUCGUUACAGUGUGUAACGGAGGAGUUAUACAAAGGAGUCGGUGUAACUCCCUACCUAACCUCUGUCCACAAUGGUGUAUAGGUACUAGUAGCGGAUGUACAGUUUGUGACUGUGCAAAACAUGGAGCGAUCGGAAGUGCGAAUGUAAUAUCUGGACUGGGCGCGGUGAGUGGCGGAUCAGGGAUAUCAAUGAUUAAUCCGGGCGGAAUGAUAGGAUUUGGAACUGGAUAUAAUUCCGGAAACUCUCAACCGUCUCCGGUUAUAGGAAGAUUUGAUUCGAAUCUCCCGGGUGGGUUCAGCCCUGCGAAUAUGGGACCGUCUAAUCCGUUUUUGACCGUAAGCGGAGGCUCAGAUCCUAGUAAUCCGUACGGCUUCGGCAAUCCCGCAAAUCUCGGAAUGGCAGCGGGGGCAGGAAAACCGUCCAAUCCAGGUGGAAGCACUUCAAUAGCGGGAAAUCCUGUGUUGACGGCUGGUAACCCGGGCAAUUUGGCAGGAAGUUCUGCAGGUGCACUUCAACAGACCGGCCAAAGCGGGUCCGGAAGUAAUAUCGGAAGUAAUACCGGAAGUGGAGUACCAAGUGUUCAACACAUUCAAAGUGCAGUUACAACACAUAAGAGCCCGACUGUAAAACAAUCCACAGCGCCGGUUACUACGACACCCACCUUGACUACAACACCGUCAACCACAAGUUCAGUCCCACAUCAAAAGACAACUUCCGCUUCCGGUACAUGCGCACCAUUGAGAUGCACAUCCCCAUGUGCUAAAGGCAUAGUGCUUGCACCCAAUGGCUGCCCGAUGUGUCUUUGUCAGCCAUAAGCCACUAUAAAAGGACACCAUAAACGUACAAUAAAAAACAGUUACUUCUCUACUUCACUUAUUUAUCCCGUAAAUGCGGAGAAGUGGUGAAA